GCGAUCUGCCCUCCUCCUCCCCAUGAACUUCUUCUCUCCCUCUCGUUCACUUUUUCUAACGUAACCUAAAAUCCGCCAUUGCUGAUCGAUGCCGUUGCUGCGAUGGUCCUGAUCAUCGUGUUUCUCACAUUGACGACAACUCCUUCUUUCCUCUUGUCGUCGCAUCGCCUCCCGAUGUCGUCUCCUCGGUCGUGUUCUUCAUCGACGUCUCAAGUCCGCCUCCAGAUCUGGAUCCACAAUCAAUCCACAAUCGAAAGCAGUGAUGAGUUUAACCAGAUUCAAGCUGUCGGAGGACGAUUCAUACACUGGGAAGGUGCUACACCUCUCGAAGUUCUGGCCAUGUCACGGUCGAGUCACAUCUCCGCCUCAUCUCCGGCUAUCGAUUCGAUUUGGAAGAAAUGGUGGUGAAUAUUGAAGAGGUGAAGAUGAUAAAUUGAAGAAAAAUAUGGAAAUAUUGACACGAAGACAUAAAAACGCUUUGAAAUUUUGUACAUUUUUUUGUUUUUAAUAUUUUUUGUAUCGAAUAAAAUACUUAUUAUAUUGUG